ACAUGUGGAAAGUGUUUCAUGGUCUUAAAGGCAUGGGUGUUGCCUGUUGCAUAAGAACACUUUCCUCUUUAAAAGAUGUUGUGCAAGUUCGCUGUCUCAGAGGCUCCCUGUCACAUUUGCAAGCAGCGGAAGACACUCAUCCUUCUACAUCGUCACCCCAGAUCAUUUGAAGGUUGUUGCUGCAAGAUGAAAAAGAAGCUGAUACUUGAUGUGGACACGGGCGUGGAUGAUGCUCAGGCCAUCCUCAUGGCCGUGGCAGCACCCGAUGUGGAGAUAUUGGGGAUCACCUGCUGCCAUGGAAAUACUCCCUUGGAGAACGUCCUGAAGAACACCCUGCGGGUUCUUAAAGUCUGUAACAGACUGGAUAUUCCAGUGUAUGCCGGAUGCUCCCAGCCUUUGUUGUCCAACAAGCAACAUGCCAGCGAUUACCACGGAAAAGACGGGCUGGGGGACAGGCCAGAUGCAGAUGCUCCGGGAUUGGAAAUGGUGCAAAAGAAAAAAGGUGUCCAGGCUUUGGUCAAAAUGAUCAGACAGAACCAGGGGGAGGUGACUCUGGUGGCCACAGCGCCUCUGACCAACCUUGCAGUGGCAGUGCAGCUGGACCCUUCCCUACCCAAGAAGCUCAAGGCUCUCUACAUCAUGGGGGGCAACAUAGAGUCCAGGGGGAACACCACCACGUGUGGGGAGUUUAACUUUGUGGCCGACACGGAGGCCGCAUACGUGGUGUUGGAACGCUACACCUGCCCCACCUACAUCGCCUCCUGGGAGUUCAGCUGCAGGAACAGCCUGCCAUGGUCUUUUUGUGACAAGUGGCUUGCAGCCAAGACGGAGAAAGCUGCCUUCAUGAGGACUAUUUCAAGCCUGUCCAUGAAGAAAGCUCAGUCAGCGGAAUAUGAGAAAGAAAUCACCACGGGAAAAGGUUUCAAUUCUUGCGACACCUAUGCUCUGGCCGCUGCCCUUGAUGAGACGCUCAUCACAGAGAGCGAGGAGGUGGCGGUGACGGUGGAGUUAGAAGGGGCCUGCACCCGAGGCAUGAUGGUGUUGGACUACAUGGACAUUUUGAAGAAGAAACACAAAGCCAUCAUCAUGAAGAAAGUCGACUUGGAGAAGUUCAAGCAGAUGCUUGUCAAGUCACUGAUGUAGGAUGCAGAAAGUGUACUACAGCACGGCAAGACAAAUAAAAUCCGUUUCCCUUG